AUGGGAAGUGCUGCCGCGGUUUGCGGCCGGCCUCUCCCACCCGCUUCCCCCAGGGCAAUCAACCGGGGCCUGAAUUUCCACGUUCCGGCUCUGAGAUGGUUCCCUGGGAGCGCAGAACCCCGUCAGCCGGGUGGGAAGAGACAACUCCAAAGGGAAGAGACCUCUGUAGAUAUUUGGGACUCUCAAAAAAGGUACAAGAAAAGAAAAAGAAAGGAAGAAGUUAGCGGAAGAAAUAGACUCACAGAAGGUAAGGAAGAGACUUCUACGAACCAAUCUAAAAAGCUUAAAAAAACAGAGAGGGAGAAACAGUUGACGACAAAAAAGAAGGAUGUAAAGCAGACAAAGGCCGCUGCAGCAAAGAUGGCUUUAGAACAGGCAAAUGAGAGCCUUUCUCUAAAUUCUGGUAAAAAUAACACCAAAAAAGUCACGACACAGUCCAGAAAAAAGAGGGUGGGAUCUUCAGAUUCCUCCAGCACAUCAUCUGACAGCGACAGCAGUGAAUUAAAUGUAAAGCAAAAUAAAUCUUCCAAUAAACCUGUAGUGGCAACACUUCCCAAAGACAAAUCCCAAGCUGGUGCAAAUUCUGAUGUGAAAACUGUUUCUAAUAAAGUGACUGUAAAGUGUAAUGCUGAAAAUUCCAGUAAGACUGCGAUCAGGAAAAAUGCUAAAAAAUCCCAGUCCUCUAGUUCAGAUUCUGACUCAAGUACAGAAGAUGAGAAAGUGGCAAAAGCACAAGACGGUACUGCAAAGGAAAAGUCUCUACCUAACAAUGCGGCAACUGUGAAACCCAGUACCACGAAGGCUCCCAAAGCAAAGACCUCCUCUUCAGAGUCUGAUAGUUCAGAUUCAGAAACACUUGUUAUUAAAAAACCCACAGCAAAUGCUGGGCUGAGUAAUUCCAUAGUAAGAAACUGUAUUAAACAGUUGCCAACCAGUAUUCAAGGACCGCUUGCCAGCCCAGGCCGUGGAAGGGGGCGUGGAACGGGAGAGGAUAACUUCUGGAGAGGACCUAGGGGCCGUGGGUUUCACGGGAUGAUGAGGGGCCAAGGCCGUGGGAGAGGAGCAAACCCUGGCUUCUUCUAUAACUACAGCAGUGAAGGCCAGAAACAGAGGCAGUUAAAUGAAGCUGCGACAAACACUUCUGUUCUUGUCCAGAAUCCUGUGGAGGUCCCCAAGAGAGACUAUAGUGUGUUACCUCUUCUAGCAGCCCCACCACAAGUGGGAGAAAGAAUUGCCUUUAAGCGCUUGGAACUAACUGAAAAUUACAGUCCUGAAGUUUCAGACUAUAAGGAGGGAAAAAUAAUCAGUUGGAAUCCUGAUAAAAAACAGAUUGAGCUCGAGAUCCUUACGUCGUCAGCAGGACAGUUUGCUAAAGAGCCAGGGAAAUUUGAUCUGGUUUACCAGUCUGCAGAUGGAGCAGAACUGAUAGAGUACGCGGUUCCGCAGGAUACAAAGAUAACUGAAAGUUGGGAUGCACUGAUAGAGCCAAGACUGAUUGUUGAUCCUCCAGUUAACGGAUCCAGCACUGAAAAUGGAACAAUCUAA